GCGACGUGAGUCUUUCAGAUGACGCAUCUUGCGUGACGUGUAAUCUAGUGGACGGAACUCCUUUUUUUUUUCAACAACAACAACAACAACGACUACUUCUUCCGCCACCUCGGUAGCUUGCUAGCAAACAUUUAACCGAAACGUUGAAGCUCUUUAUACCAACGUUAUACUUAUUACGUGUUUUCAACACACUGUCGUCAUAGUUACUAAUUACUCCAUUUACGUUGUCUGCUACCUGGCUUGUUAUGUUAGUUUAACUCUAGGCUAAUCGCUAAUGCUAACUAGCAUCCCCAACCAUGAGCUCACUAAGCUACUCCCCCCCUGCUAAAGAAGAGGAGGUCUACUGGACGGAGAAAGAAGCUCUGGGGCUGAACAUUGUCGUGAAAGAGGAAGAAGAGGAGGAUGAUGAAGAGGUUUCAGUUUUUGGAGAGGAAGAAGCUUUCAGAAUAAUAAAGGAGGAAGAGGAGGCUGUUACAUUGAAAGAAGAAGAGAAGGAUGUAAUGGUGAAAGGAGAGGAGGCCAUCUCAAUUAAAGAGAAGGAAGACGUUUUGGGAGUGAAAGGGGAGGAGGAGGGAGAGGAGCAGGAGACUGACGAUCUGAUUCACACCACAGGAGAGAGACCAGAUUCUAACUCUGACAGCAGGAAGAGUCCCUCGGUGGAACCAGACCCAGGGAUGCCCAAACCAGCAAGACGACACCCCUGCUCCCACUGUGGAAAGAGUUUUACUACAUUAGAACACCUGAAAGUACAUAAAAUAAUAAUACACUUUGGAGAAAAGCCAUACCACUGUUCAGACUGUGGUAAGGAAUUUAGCCGGUUAGAUGGCCUGAAACAACAUGAGAGAAUACACUCUGGAGAGAGGCCUCACCACUGCUCUCAGUGUGGAAAGAGUUUUAGCUGGUUAGGGAGCCUGAAAAUACACGAGAAAACACAUACAGGGGAGAAGCCUUACCACUGCUCUCAGUGUGGAAAGAGAUUUUCCCAGUUAGGGCAUCUAAAAGGGCACAAGAGAACGCACACCGGAGAGAAGCCUUACCACUGCUCCCAGUGUGGGAAGCGAUUUACACAGUUAGGCAACCUAAAAAAUCAUGAGCUAAUACACUCUGCAUAUAAGCCUUACCACUGCUCUCAGUGUGAAAAUACAUUUUUCUCAUUAGAUUCUCUGAGAAAACAUGAGAUAACACACUCUGAUGAGAAACCUUUCCAUUGUUCCCAGUGUGGCAAGAAUUUUUUUACAUUAGGGUCCCUGAAGGAACAUGAGCGAACACACACAGCAGAGAAACCUUACCAUUGUUCUAAGUGUGUAAAGACUUUUUCCUCAUCAAAAUACCUUAAAGAACAUAAAAGAAUACACUCUGGAGUGAAACCUUACCACUGCUCCCAGUGUGAAAAAAGAUUUGCCCGACCGAGGGACCUGAAAUAUCACGAGAGGACACACACAGGAGAGAAGCCUUACCGCUGCUCUCAGUGUGGAAAGACAUUUUUUUUAUCAGGACACCUGAAAAGACAUGAGCUAACACACUCUGUUGAGAAGCCUUUCCACUGCUUCCAGUGUGGGAAGGAUUUCACCCAGUCAAGAUACCUGAAAAAACAUGAGACAAUGCACUCUGUGGAGAAGCCUUACCACUGCUCCCAGUGUGAAAAAAGUUUUGCUCGGUCUGGGGACCUAAAAUAUCACGAGAGGACACACACCGGAGAGAAGCCUUACCGCUGCUCUCAGUGUGGAAAGACAUUUUUUUUAUCAGGACACCUGAAAAGACAUGAGCUAACACACUCUGUUGAGAAGCCUUUCCACUGCUUCCAGUGUGGGAAGGAUUUCACCCAGUCAAGAUACCUGAAAAAACAUGAGCUAACACACUCUGUAGAGAAGCCUUUCCACUGUUCUCGGUGUGAAAAGAGUUUUAAGAAUUUAUGGAACAUGAAAGUGCACGAGCAAAGACACACAAAGGAGAAGCCUUCUACUGUUCCCACUGUGGGAUGAAAUGUUCAUGGUUUCAUCAACCGAAAGAGCAUGAAUGAAUCUCUCACUCCGGAGAGAAACGUCCGAAGCCAUUAUUUAUACAUAAUAUAAUAAUAAUAUUAUAUAAUAUUAUAUAAUGUGUAAUUUAAUCAUUUUUUUACAUUUGUGUACCUUUUACCAUCCAUAUGAAUUCGAACCUGUCUAUGCAUACAGGAAACAAUUAUUUCCUUCACCACUCAUCGAAACGGAACUGUGUGACAAACCUGGACGUUCUUUAAAAGAACGUUGGUCAUUUUUAGAAUGUUGGGACAUUGUUUGAAUGUUUAUCAGGAAACACACAAAAGUGCUCCCUGUUGGCUGAUAUCUUUGACUGAGAACGGGUUUGUGAUUAUGCCACAUUAAUAAAAUAAAGAUGGCUCUUCUAAAAGCCUACUUCACACCAUAAA